ACCGGUGCUUGAGCUGGUCAGGCCGCGGGCUAGCGAAGAGUAAGAGCAGGAACUGUGCGCAUGGCUUCCUAGAUUCAAGUUAAGGUCCGACUUUUCGUAGCCAUCGGAUUCGAGAAGUAUCCCGCUCCAGGCGCUAAUCCGCGUCCUGGCUGGUGACAGGGAUCACCCGGAGGUUGAAGCCUUUGACUUCCGGGCCACGAUUAGUACUGCCCCCCCAAGGGCGGAUCUCGAGCGCUGAUUGGCUGUCAUGCACAUGGCCGUGCAGUGAUUCGGCGGCUUGGAAGGCAGUGACUCCGCCCAUCCGCGCGUGUCCCAAGACUGGCUGGGCCAUGGCGGUCCAGGCUCUGCGAGAGGAGUUGGACUCCAAGUGCCUACAGCUGCUCAGUGACCUGGAGGAACUGGAGGCGAAGCGGGCGGCGCUGAACGCCAGGGUGGAGGAGGGUUGGCUCUCACUUGCCAAGGCUCGCUAUGCCAUGGGAGCCAAGUCGGUAGGACCCCUGCAGUAUGCCUCGCGUAUGGAGCCUCAGGUCUGCGUGCGUGCCAGCGAGGCCCAGGAUGGACCCCAGACCUUCAGGGUGAUCAAAGCUGACGCCCAGACCCCCGAGGAAGUGGGGCCUAGCGAAGCAUCUCUGCGCAGGCGCAAGGGCCCCACCAAGACCAAAGAGGUAGGAUCUGCUGUAGUUCCUCAAGAUCCCUUGAACUGGUUUGGAAUUUUGGUUCCUCACAGUCUGCGGCAGGCCCAAGCCAGCUUCCGGGAUGGCCUACAGCUGGCUGCAGAUAUAGCCAGUCUCCAGACUCGCAUCAACUGGGGUCAGAGUCAGCUCCGAGGCCUCCAGAAAAAACUGAAGGAGUUGGACCCUGGGCCUGCCUGACCUGCAUCCACAUUGGGAGGCACUGAGCAUAGCCGCCAUGGAUGCUACCACCUUACCUCAGGCCUUCUUUUAUAAGCAGCCCCUGUCUCAGCUGAUGCCCCACCUAGAAAUGUCCUUAGUUUGCACAGUUUCCAGCUUUUCGAGGCAUAAAGUUGAGUUAUGAAGUUUGAUGAAGCAAAGCUGGGCAGUGUGGAGAGCACCUUGUUCUAGGCCCAUUGUCUCAGGGCAUGACAGUGACCUAGUGAAUAACCUGCAGCAGCCAGCUGGGAUAGUGAAGCCCUGCAGAAAUGGUGACAGAAAAGAAAGGGAGUCUGGAAACAUAAGGUAGAUCAGGACAAUUCCAGUCAAUAAAAGUACCUCAGGCUGGGUGUAGCAGCACAUGCCUGUAGCUCCAGCAACUCUUAGAGGCUGAGGCAGGAGGAUCACUUAAGCCCUGGGAAGUUUAUAGACAAGACAGCACACACACACACACAAAUACCAGAAUAGCUAGCAGGAAAUAUUACUUCUGUUAUAAAAGGUAAAAAUAACUGUCAUUCUUCCGGGGAAUCAAGGUGACCUUCCUGAUUGCAUUUAGCUUAUUGAAGUGGUGUAUUCUCUCACCUGGGAACUGUGUCUUGCUUCACUUUUUUUUCCUGACCUAUCCAGUUGUGUUGGGAAGGGGAAUGUAAUCGUUUGCGGGGUGUAAAUAUUUCUUCCUAAUUUGUUAAUUUUGCCUGUAUUGGUUUUUCUACUUACAAAUUGUAAAAACACAAAUUUGUACAGAAAAAUUGAAUAAAUAAAAGCUACAGUAAGUGUCA